AUGGGUCUGUUGACAGAAGGGCAACCGCUCACCUGGGAAGAGACGAAACAAUUAGCUGAUCACGUUAGACAGCAUGGUGUUGAUCAGUUUUUGAACUUAUACCAUCAACUGUUGGAUCGCAAAGGAGAUGUUCUGAAAUGGGGUGAUGAGGUUGAAUACAUAAUUGUCAAAUUUGACCAUACGAACAAAACUGCAAAAGUUAGACUUUGUGCACAAGAAAUUUUAGGUCAACUCAACGAAAAAGAAGCAAACGACCCAUACAAUGUAAAAUCGCUGUGGAGGCCUGAAUAUGGGGCUUACAUGAUCGAGGGUACUCCUGGAAAACCGUACGGUGGCCUUUUGGCCCACUUCAACAUAGUAGAAGCGAAUAUGCGGUAUCGCAGAGAGGAAGCACAACAAUUACUCGGGCCGGACGAGGUGCUGAUGACCAUUACGAAUUUCCCCAGGCUUGGAUGUCCAGAGUUCACGUGGCCCGUGGAUCAGCCGACACCCAAGAUCGGCCCUUCACGUUCACUGUUCAUACCAGACUCGGCGAUUUACAAAGGACAUCCGAGGUUCUCUACGCUCACCAGGAAUAUACGGCAACGGAGAGGGGAGCGAGUGGCCAUAAACAUUCCGAUAUUCAAAGAUGAAAAUACUCCAAGUCCGUUCGAAGAAGAUUUGAUCAGCAUCGGCGGGGAUACAGACAGUUUGAACGCGGCACUACCCGAUCAUGUAUACAUGGAUGCCAUGGCAUUCGGCAUGGGUUGCUGUUGCUUACAGAUGACAUUUCAAGCGUGUUGCAUCAAAGAAGCUCGAACUCUUUAUGAUCAGCUCACUCCGCUGUGUCCGAUUCUGUUGGCAUUGACAGCGGCUUCGCCUGUAUUUCGAGGGUACCUAACAGACGUAGACUGUCGCUGGGAUGUAAUAUCUCGGUCAGUGGACUGUCGCACGCGACAAGAAAGGGGAUUGGAACCGUUGACCACAGAUAAGUUUGUUAUUCCCAAAUCGCGUUACGAUUCUACCACAUUGUAUCUAUCGAGCCAAGGAGAAAAGUUUAACGAUGUGCCGCUGGUAUACGACAAAACAAUCUACAACAAACUUAAGAGCGCUGACAUCGAUCACCAGAUGGCUCAGCACGUAGCACACCUAUUCAUUCGGGAUACUGUAUCUUUGUUUAACGAAAAAGUGCAUCAAGAUGAUACUGUCGAGAUGGAUCACUUUGAAAACAUACAGUCGACUAACUGGCAGACAAUGCGGUUUAAGCCGCCUCCGCCUAAAUCAACGAUCGGUUGGCGUGUAGAAUUCCGACCAUGUGAAGUGCAACUAACCGAUUUUGAAAACGCCGCGAUCGUGUGCUUCGUCGUCCUACUCACCAGGGUCAUUUUGUCGUAUCAAUUAAACUUCAUCAUUCCCAUUAGCAAAGUGGAUGAGAAUAUGUCAAAAGCUCAAAAACGAUCUGCUGCCCUGACGGAGAAAUUUUGGUUUCGCAAAAACAUAGCUGCUUCUACGUCUAAAACCGCGAACGUCGACAUAAAUAGUUCCAACGAUGAUGCCACUUACACGACGAUGUCCAUAAAUGAAAUCAUUAACGGAAAAAUGGGCGAAUUCCCUGGUCUCAUCCCAUUAAUUCACAGUUACUUGUCUAGCAUGGAAGUUGACACAGACACGCAUUGUACCAUCCAACAGUAUCUAAAGCUCAUUUCGCGUCGUGCGUCCGGCCAAAUCGACACGACAGCUAGUUGGAUACGUCGGUUUAUCCAAGAACAUCCGGCGUACAAACGAGAUUCUGUCGUUAGCGAUGAAAUCAAUUAUGACCUAUUAAUGACGGCCGACGGCAUCCAGUCUGGUCGCAUUUCUUGUCCUCGACUUUUGGGAGACUGUCUGCUAGCCAACUCAAAAACAAAGGAAACAAUACCGCCGGCCGUGCAAAAGGUAUAUUCUUGUACUCCGUAGAUGUGCAUAGUAUGUUGCUGUUAUCCUGUUAUUCAAUAAUAAUUGUUGUGCUUUAUUGAAGUACCAUCAGUAACAAUAAAUAACACUAUAUUUUAUUAAAAUAAGAAUUUAUUUAAUAUCAUAAAUUUUUAUACUUUAUAUAUUAUAAUAUAAUAAUAAUUGAUUAAUAAAAGUAACAUAUUAUAUAUAAAAUAAAAUAGGGCAUAUUAUUGGGAAUUAUUAGGAAAGAACAUUAUACCUAUAUUGUACAAGGUACACACACACACACACACACACACACACACAUAUAUAUAUAUAUAUAAUAUAUAAAUUACGUUUUUUAAAACUGUUUAUUAUUUUAAUAUAUUAUUGUAUACAUUAAAUAAAUAAAUAAAAGUUGAUUGACAUGCUUAGUCGCUGUCUUCGUUUUUAAAGUA